UCGAUACAUAUCAUGAUGACCAUUAUGUUUUAAAGGUUUUUACCAUUGUUUUUACACUGUAUUUUGUAUAGUACGUGUGAUCAUCUGUGAUUCUAGUUCUUCUUUCUGUUAAGUUCAUCUUAUUUAAAUUAACGUUUACUUGCUUAUUGACACGAUUUGACUAAUUUUAGUCUGGCAACCUGAAUACUUUUUUUAAAGGCAGCCGUAGUAAAUGAUUGUCAGUUUUUGCGCUUACUAUAAUAUCGAUGGUUUUGUGGAAUACUCAUGUUUAAGUUUUAGCUAGUUAUAAACGGCGUGAAUGCUUCUAAAAACAGCAUUUUAACUGAGUGGCUAACAAACUAAGAAACAUACUUACACAGAUUUACAGACAAGCGUGAGUCCCGCUAUAGCACCUCUAGUAUUUUUAGACUGAUGAGUUUGACUGAGGCCUUGAGAUGCAUUUGUUACUGGUUGCUUGCAUUUGUUCAGACGACACCAUGUUGUUCUUGGGAGAGGGCUUGGGUGCAAGGUACAUGUUACUGCAGCGUGGUAUCAUAAAGCGUUCAGGUGGGGGGAAAACGACUUCCAGUCCUGCAGAGAAUUACUGCCUAGCUCGAAGACGGACCUUGCAGGUGGUGAUCAGCUCGCUGUUGACAGAGUGUGGCUUCGAAAGCGCUGAAAAGGCAGCGAUGGAGUCACUCACGGAAAUGAUCCAGAGCUACAUCUCUGAAGUGGGCCGGUCCGCCAAAGCGUACUGCGAGCACACGGCGCGGAGCACGCCAACGCUGUCCGACGUAGUGGUCACGCUCGUGGAGAUGGGUUUUAGUGUGGAUGCUUUACCCAUUUAUGCCAAAAGGUCACAGAGGAUGGUUAUCACAGCACCUCCCGUGACGAAUGCCCCCGUGGUGCCCAAGGCCCUGGUGGCGGGACAGAAGCGGCAGCACCCUUCCCACAUCCCCUGCUACUUCCCAGAGUUCCCAGACCCCCACACCUACAUCAAAACCCCGACGUUUCGGGAGCCGGUGUCUGACUACCAGGUGGUGCGAGAGAAGGCGGCCUCGCAGCGGAGGGAUGUGGAACGCGCGCUCACCCGCUUCAUGGCCAAGACGGGCGAGACGCAGAGCCUCUUCAAAGAUGACAUCACUGCCUUUCCAUUGAUUGCGGCGCGACCGAGUUCCAUCCCCUACCUGAACGCCCUUCUGCCGUCUGAGCUGGAGCUGCAGACGCUGGAGGAGACGGAUUCAUCAGAGCAGGAUGAUCAGACUGACAACGAAAACACCCCUGGCAACAUUAUUAACGAUGAAUCUGGAGCUGAUAAGGAGAACUCGGUACUGCCACCUGGUGGAGUGGUGCCUGCAGUGAAGGCCAGCGAGGAGAAUAUGAUUGACAACCCAUAUCUGAGGCCAGUCAAGAAGCCCAAAGUGAGGAGGAAGAAGUGAGAGCUGAGGGUGGCAGAUGGACUCACGCAGUGAGAAAGGAGGGCCGCAUGGAGCGUCGCUCUCAGUGACACUCACUCUCUUGCCACGACAGUGUUUCCACAAGGGGCAAACUUUCAGUGCGAUAUAGAGUGAGGUUCCUGUCAUCAGCAGCCAGCUUUGUGUGUGUGGUGGGAACUGCAGCUGUUCAGAUGUAUAUUUUUUAUUGGACAAAUAAUUCUGUUCCUUCAAAUGUAAACCAUCCAGACUAUUGUCUCUUUUGUCCAUUGCAAAUUUAUACAAUUAGGGAAUAAAUUUAAUUUUGCGGGUUUAUUUUUAUACACUUUCCCUUGAAAUAAGCCUCUCAUGCAUUGCUCCUUUUAGUUCUCCGCAGGAGAGUUAAAUGUAUUCAUUUUUAAAAAUCAAAAUUGCUGACCAACACAAAUGAUGCAGAUCUAAAAGCAGUUUUUACAUUCUCUGUAAGGAAGAGCUGUCUUUUCCAGUUACAGGCCAAAUGAGAGGCUUUCUGAUCUACCUGUAUAUAUGUGUUCUAGGGCGUUAAGUCUGCAAUUUUGUAAUAAUUUAAACUGAUCUGAACUGAGUUUUGGCUUUAACAUGGCUGCCAAAAUGGUUCCUAAGUAUUUUAAUAAAAUGUUCACUACUGCCAAAUGCA